AUCAAUAAUCCACCUCCCAAUGAUUCAGUCACAGGGCUCAGCACAUUGCAUUAGAGUGUUUACAACCUGCCCAGUUAGUCUAGGAUGGCAGCAUUUUCUCUGAAUAUUCAGAAGCACAUGGAGCCUGGGCUGGUGACUUGUGGCAAAUUUGAUGGUUCCCACGCUUGCUUAGCAGCGGCAACGUUUGGUGGUAAUAUUUUAGUCCACAGUCCUCACAGACAGCCACAGAUAAAGAGCAAUGACUAUGAGCAGUCUGAUAGAAAAUUAUCAUGGAGCGGAGAACUAGCGGAUCUUCAAAUAGGAACCGAGAUCACAGCGUUGUGCACUGGCCGUCUUAAUGACGAUGAUAGAGACCUUCUUCUAAUUGGAACAGCAAGUUACAUUCUUGCCUUUAAUAUUGAGGAUAAUUCCGAUGUUUUCUAUAAAGAGAUGUCCGAUGGUGCUAGAUGUAUUGUCAUUGGCAAAUUGGGCUGGCUUCCCAGACAAGUUGCAAUCAUUGGUGGGAAUUGUUCAGUGGCUAUCUUAGAUUCACAAGGUACAGAAAUAUUCUGGACAGUGGUAGAAGGCAUUGUUACAUCCCUAGCUGUCCUUGAUUUCGAUGGAGAUAAUGAGAACGAGCUAAUCACUGGUACACAGGAUUUCGAGAUAAAGGUGUACAAAGAGGAAAAUGUGCUCUGGGAAGCUAAAGAAACUGCUCCAGUUACCACCCUGACUGGACUCCCCAAUAGAAAGUUCGUUUAUUCAGUUGGAAACGGGACGUUGGGCGUUUACGAAAUGGCGCAAAGAUUGUGGCGCGUCAAAUCGAAGCACAGAGUGGUAGUCACGAAAAGUUUCGACGUGAAUGGGGACGGAAUUCCGGAAAUAAUAACAGGCUGGAAUAAUGGCAAGGUCGACGCAAGGUCACCUAACAACGGGGAGGUGAUCUUUAAAAUUCAACUGUCCGCUGGUAUCGCCGGAAUCGUGGAAGCCGAUUACAGGAGGAUCGGCAAGCCUGACUUAGUUGUGGUAUCCACCAAUGGUGAAGUUCGCGGUUACGGUUCUGGCUCUACAAUGGAUACCCCAGAGCCUGGAGAAGCUAUGCGUGAACUGCUGGCCAAGAAGCAAGUUCUGCAGAUGGAGCUGAGACAAAGGGCUGCGUCUGUUCCAAAUAUGUAUCACAGCACCAAACUGGCGGUGACUUUGAUGACGUCUAACGGUGCUGCGCGCGUUGUCCUUGCAUCGGGACCAGGAUUAUUGAUCCAUUGCGCGAUAGUUUUCACCGAGGGUGUAUUCGACGGCGAGACAUUAGUGGUUCACCCUCCUAGGCCGAAAGGGGAGUUAGAGAUAGAAUUACGACCCUCGAAGAACACGCCUGUGGACAUACACGUAAAGGUGUGUGUCGGACCCAGCGGCGCGGAUUUGAUGCAGGUAUUCGAGAUGACACGUCAGUUGCCCAGAUUUUGCAUGUACGAACUCAUUGACAAGCCGGGACACGUUGCUGAGGACUUCGAGAAGAAUUUCGUCAUUGCCGAGUUCGCAGAGAGGCCUCAAAGGAUCGCCCUCUGGCUGAACCAGAGCCUGAUCCUCCCCAACGAGUUUGAGCUCAAGGAAGACGGGCUAAACGCUGGGGGCAUUGAAGCGUGGCUCAAAGGGAUGAGAGACAAUAGAAUUCAUUGUUUCAAAGCCGACAUGACUGGGAAAGUGACCAUUCAAACGGAAGAUUCCACGUUCGCGGGGGACAUUAUUCAAUCCCUGUCCCUGUAUCUAGGCCUGAGAGAGUUGUCCUCGGAAGUCUCGUUCCCAGACGAAGAGAAAAAGCUCGUGGACGCUUUGGAACGCGUCAAAGAUUUGAAGGAGAUCGACGCGAGACUGCAGGCAGAGGCAGCCAGUGACACCACUCUGUUGAAGAACAUCAUAAUUCGCUUGGAAGAUGCUAGGAUUCUCGAGAACGUCGAGGAAAUGAGGAAGAGGUUGGUGCAGUUGAAGAACGUCAACGUGGAUCUGAUCAAGGAACACGAAAUCCGAAUGAAGAGUUACCGGGAUUUGGCAGCGAACUUGAAGGAGCUGAAUCUUGGCGUGCAGCGGGCAGCUAGGUUAAGAGUCGGCAAGAAUGCAUCGAACACGGUGGCUCACUGUAGAUCAGCCAUCCAGGACAAUAAUCCGAAGGCGCUUUUAUUGGCGAUUAGACACGAAUAAAUCGUUACGUACCGAUUUUUAUUGUUACCGUUAGCACGGUAAGAUAUUUUACAGAGUACAUCAGCCAUCGUUACAUACAGUUAAGUCUAAUUGUCCCAGGGACCAAACUCGAGAGUGUAUUUUUAAUAAAUUCUAUCA